AUGACCUUCAGGUAUCUGCUCUCCGAUAGAGCCAAGAGAUUAGCUACCACCAAUGUAAAAUUUGCUGCAUUGUCUAGGACUCUUGAACAAGACAAGUUCACCCUUUUGUGGAUGAUCCGUUUGUGUCCCUUACCAUAUUCCCUAUCUAAUGGAGCUCUCAGCUCAAUUCCAUCUGUGACGGUAUGGCGUUUCUUCUUUGCCACUGCUUUGACAUCUCCUAAACUACUAAUGCAUAUUUUUAUCGGUGAUAGAAUCGCCCGUCUCGGUACUGAGAAGGAUACCGCCACCAAAAUUAUUGAUAUCAUUUCUAUCGCCAUCACUGUAGUUAUCGGAACAUUGACCGCAUAUCUUAUUUACAACAGAACAAUGGAUCGUGCAUCAUUGAUGGAGGCUCAAAUCGAUUAUGCGAGAAUCGAAGAGGGAUUUGAUGCUAUUAUUGACGAAUUUGAGAUGUCAUCUGAUGAAGAUGAGGAGCACUCUCGAUCAUGA